AUGCAGCUCACGACAUCAAAUUGUUCAGGCCGACGUCUUGCGGUUCUGCUUCUUGUCUUUCUCCAGUCUGCCAGCGGCCUCGCUUUGCCAACCUCGACACAACCAUCAUCACAAUGGCCCAGUCUAAUUGAAACAGUGCGCUUUCUUGUUUCUCGAUGGCUGAAUGAGACGACCGCCAUAAUUGUCAUCGGGGUCAUCGUGGGGCUGUCAGCCGCCUCGUUUGCUGUCUAUGGAUUCGACUGGAAGGACUACGAGGGAGCGCCCCCGGAUCGGCUCGUAGACGAUGGGGAACAGCACGGGUGCCAGAGGCCGACGAAGCCUACUGACGUGUGA